AUGAAAGAUCUAGAAAUAUUUUUCUCUGUACUUUUUAUUAUUUCUCCAAUAAUAGGCUAUAUUCCUCAACUGUACACUAGACAGAUAGUAUUUCCAGAAUUUCUGUCUGCUUUAACAAUAUUGGCUAACAUUCUUAAAAUAAUACAUUUUACAGGAAAAUCAAAUGCUUUUACAGUCAUUCCUCUACAAGGAAUGUUUACUAUUUUACUGCAUUCAUGUUUACUCCUAUUUAAUAAGUCUAUUUACUCGGUGACAGAAGAAAAAAUUAUGAAAAAACUUAAGAUAUCUUCUAAACAGAUAUAUGUUUCUUAUAUCAUAUUGAUUUGUAUGUGUAUACAAAUAUGUGGGUUAUUUACAAGAUCUUUUGAAUUUUGUGGAAUACUUUCCCUUAUCUUUGAGGUGAGUGUUAACUCUGUACAGUUACUUAUAGAGAAACAGAAAAAAGAAGUUAUUGUGGUAGAUGUAAAUAAAAAAGUUAGAUCACAGAAAGAAUUAUACCUUGUAUGGAUUAUAGGAGAUAUUUGUCGAAUAUUUUUUAUGGUUUGUGCUGAUACACCACAUGUUUAUACAAUCGCUUCACUAAUUCAAUUAGGCAUUGAUGGUUAUUUACUUUAUAAUUAA